AUGACCAACGCAAACGGGGCUGUCCCAAGCUACGUUCUGAACCGUGAUGAGCUUGCUUCAACACGCCUCACGCUCCAACACUUUGCCAUGAUCAAAUGGCAAUCUUGGAUGCUUCAUCCAGAUAUACAACAUGCCCUCUCCAAUACUCCUCACCCGAAAAUUGCUGACUUGGCAAGUGGUAAUGGCAUCUGGGGUAUUGAGUUGGCAGAACAGCUUCCCAGUGCAGAAAUCUUGUGUACAGACAUAAGUGACGAACAGUUUCCGGCGCCUCUUGCUCGACCUUCAAAUACAAAAUUUGAAGUCGCUGACCUGUUCGAGCCACCACCGCAGAAUUAUGUCGGAUAUUACGACGUUGUGCAUUUACGGCUGACGGUCGGAUGGCUGCUCGAUCGUAACUGGAGAGUACUUCUGCGCAACGUGCUCAGUAUGUUAAAGCCAGGUGGCUGGAUUCAGUGGGAAGAGGUGACUGCUGCGCCUAGCAAGAACGGCACAUCCGGACCAAUGUGGCUAAUUGAUUCUGACUGGACCAUGACUCGGGGUUGCCUACCACAUAUGGAAAAGACAAUGAAGUCAACCGGCAUGUGGACAGCAAUCGAAUGGGUGCACACACUGCCGGAGGUCUUCAAGCAAUAUGGCUUGCAGGAUGUAGCUACCUUUGAACCGAAGCCGAGGUCUUCUGUCUUACAGCCGCAGAAAGAACUGCUGCGAUGGUUUCUGAUCGAAAUAGCUGAAACGAUGGUCAAGAACGGAAGGGCAGAAGCAAAGGAACAACUAGCGUCGGACCUUGAGGAAUUCGACAACUUCUACAAGAGCGGAAAGGCAGUGACGUAUGGAUGGUGUGUCGCUCUUGGAAGGAAACCGUUGUAG